UACUCUCGCGUAAUUUUGAUGAAAAAGGUACGAAAACGGCCAAUAAUUAUUUUCUCGAUUAUUUAAUGGGAUGUAAAUUUAAAAAAUCUCGAGAGACGUUAUAUAUAAACUCAAUCAUACAUUCAUGCCAGCACUGCCUCAUCCAGACAACUAUUUUGUGCUAUCUAUUUAGUGAUUUAGUGAUUUCUUUGAAUAUAAUUUACAUGUAAUCUUCUUCUCCUGCCAAUUCUUCUAAACAUCUGUUCAAGUUCUUGAAGAACAGCCCUGUAACUGUUUCCGAAUCAAACAUGGGACUUUCGCAUUUCCCAGAUCCAGCUGAUGCAGGAUUGCUAUGCAUAAUUCUGGUAAACGCGGUUAAAUACAUCUCUACAAUGAAGGAAAUAGUCCGGUUUAUACUUCAGACUAUAGGCAUCCGUAUCGUAUCAUGGGAAGAAUACAACAUGACUGAGAGCGCCUUGAACUCGAUAGAAUGUCAUCAAAGCUCCUCAGAAGUCUCUAUUGCAGAGUUUCGUACCCGGAUACCUGCAAUGCACUAUGAUUCUCUGUGUCCCAAGCAACUAGACCAUGACUGUUCUGUUUGCUUGACGAAUUUCAGACCGAAGGCAGUGAUAAACCAUCUAUCCUGUGGCCAUGUUUUUCAUAAGGUCUGCGUGGAGAAGUGGCUGAAAUAUCAAAAGGUUACCUGCCCUAACUGCAGGACUAAUAUGAUGCCCCAAGUAGAUGAAGCAGAAGGCGAUACUUGCCCAAUGUGAUUAUGUGAGUGAUUCGGUUGCUGGACACUUUGAUGUCCAGCUUCGUAGUUCUUAGGUACUUUGUAAGUAAAUCUGGUGUCGUAUUUGUGCCAGCUUUUUGCCAUGGUCUAAUUGAGUCUUUGUUAUAUUGUAAAUAUACAUGUAAACUAUGUAAUUAUUCCUUAAAGUAAUGCUGAUCUUGAUUUAUGAGCA